AUGCUUCCUGGAAGCUGGCCACCACUCGAUAAACCACCACCAAUAACAGCAAAUUAUACAGCACUUGUAAAUCUAAACCAAGUUCCAAAAGCUCCAGUUCGACCUUCAAGCGACUCAUGUCCUGAUUCUAGUAGCGACCCAUAUUGUACUUGGAGUUGUACGAAUUGUGUCCGUAAUAAAACUGAUUAUACUACGUGUCCAAAUUCGCAAGAUUGGGGACUUACUUUUGACGAUGGUCCAAGUCCUUAUACUCCAGCUCUCCUUGAUUAUUUAGACGCUCAUAAUAUCAAAGUUACUUUCUUUGUUGUUGGUUCUCGGGUAGUUGAAAAUCCCGAUACCUUAAUAAGAGCAUACAAAAGUGGUCAUCAAAUUGGCGUACACACAUGGUCUCAUCCAUCUCUUACCACUCAAUCAAAUGAACAAGUAAUUUCUGAAUUGCAAUGGACUGCAGCUGCUAUAAAAGCUGCGAUUGGUGUCACACCAAAAUAUAUGCGUCCACCAUAUGGUGAUUAUGAUGAUAGAAUACGUAGUAUAAGCGAUCAACUUGGUUAUAAAAUUGUAAUUUGGGAUAAAGAUACAAAUGAUUGGCUUUCUGAUGGUGAUAAGACAUUCAAUUUACAAUGGGUUGAAAGUAACUUUACUCAAUGGGUUAAAGAAGGAAAAUCUGGUCACAUUUCAUUGGAACAUGAUUUAUAUAAAGGUGCUGCUGAGCAAGGUCCAUUAGUAAUUCCUAUCGUUACAAACGCGAAUUAUAAUAUUAAGCCUGUUGGUACUUGUUUGGGUGCCCAAAGCUUUUAUUUAGAGGAGAAUACCACAAUACCUGUGUCGCCAAAUUCUACUACUCCAGCUAUUUCUUCACCUACAAACUCAUACGCUCCAAUUAAUCUACCACCCAAUCCAAAAUCUCCAGACACUCCAACACCAUCAUCAUCGUCUUCAUUAUCGAAAAGUACAUCAUUACCAUUUGGUAAAACGUCUUUAGCUAUAAAAUCAAACAAUUUUGAUCAUUUCUUAUGGUCAAUUAUUAUUG